AUGUCGCGCGGCACCGGAAGCAGAGCUCGGAGGAGGCGGGCCCUUGAAGGGCGGCGGAAGGGGUGGGCUCUGAGAGCGGCUCGGCAGGAGAGGCGGCGGGGCGAGGAGGGUCGGGCCGCCUGCGCUCUCUCCUCCUGGCUGUUCGUUCCCGUGUUUUCCGGCGGAGGAAGGUAAGGGCGAGGGAGGCUGAGGCGGGGAGCGCCGGAGAGGGGCCCGGGCUCUAGGCUGCUGCUCUGUCCCUCCCCGGCGCGCUUUGCACCGGCUCAGGGACACGCUCGCAGCCGCUGGCGGGGCAGCUCGGUCCGUAGAGCGUGAGGCUCCGAACCUCAGGCUCGCGGGUUCGAGCCCCACGUUGGGCAAAAGGGCAUUGCCAGGAGGUUGAGCUAGAUGACCCCGGGGUCCCCUUCCUAUUCCACGAUUCUGUGUUCAGCCUGACGAGGAAGACGGAGCGCAGCCCUGUCUCGAAUUCAGUCUGAGAGCAUGGGCGUAGCCAAGGGGGACACAUGCUCCCCCGUGUACAAAAAUCAAUACAAAUCUGAGGUUCUGUUCCCCUCCCUCCACAACAAAAGCCUGCCCCCCUUCCUAACAAAAAUCCCAUUCCUGAGAGAGAAAGAGGCCACUUUGCUUACAUUUGCUUUGAAGUUCCCUAGUGGAAGCUCUUUGCCCCCAUUGCAAAUUGGGGGGGUCGAGGACGACGACACAUGCACACCCUCUCUCUGUUUAGAGGCAGUUUUGCUUGAGUAAUUAAAUUCCCAUCCUGCCUUUCUCCGACAGGAGCCCAGGGUAGUGAACGCACAAGCAGCUAAAAAAUCAAAACAUCUAAAAGGUUGCAUUGUACGUGCCCAGAGGCACUCUUAUUUAUAUCUCAGUCCAUAUCCGUGCUGGGUUUUAGGUCAGAUUUAAGUUUUGAGGAGUUAUGGGGAAGAGGAAGGGGAGCCCUUGGGAAAGGUUUAGAAGGAAGUAUGGGCAUGAGGUGCUGUCAGCCUUUUGAGGAAGGCAAAAUUGGGAGAAGUAACUCUCUAGGGUUGAGGGAAGAAUAGUGACGUGCAGACCGUUCCUCCUCUUAAUGCUUGGGUUGCAUUGUGUUUGUGGUUAGUGAUUUUUAAAUUUUAAAAAGACCUAUUGUAAUUCGGGUAUCGAAUGAGUGAUAAUCUACCCAUGAGCUUUCUGUGCAGUAGAAAUGGGUGUGGGAUAUGAAUAAUUUUAGGCAGUUAGGUUACAUUGAGGAAAGUGAGGGUAGGUUACUAUCUCACUUUAGGAAGUAGAAUCAUUUGAUUGGGUUAAACUGAAAAAAAGUUUGACAGACUUGAGAAGCUGUAUUACAGAUAAGACAAAGAUGCUACUAUAUCAAAUAUAGCUCUAGCUCUUUAGAUAAGUAUUAGUCUUUUCUUCUUCAGUGAGCGUUCAUAUGGAAAGGCUACUUCAAAAUAGGUACGUUGAAGAAUGUGGCUGCUAUGGCACUAUUACAAAAUGCAGUUGCUGUUGACUUGAUGGGCAGAGGGGGCACAUAAUAUUGGUAAAGUGAUACGUUUUAUUGUACUAGUGUCAGUGGGCAAGGUGAAAAUCAAACUUUUUAGCAUAGACUGCUCAGUCUCUUACUUUUGUCUAUUACGUGAGGCUUUAAGCUUUAUUGAAAGAAUGCAGGUGCACGUGUAAUAAAAGUAAAGGACCGCCAAGGACCCAUAACUGAUUCUAUCAUGAAUAGAUGGUAUUGGUUAGGGUAGUGUCAGCUGCAGAACAAUGAAAGUAAAACCAGGAUAAUUAAGAAUGUCAUUAUGUUUCUUCUUGCCUUUCUUUUCUGCAUUCUAAAAUUCAUUUGACUUCUUGUGUUGUUGAUGAUACCAGUGUUAUAACUUGUCGAACAAUAUUCUCAUUAGUCCACUUUUGGAGACAAAAUGAUCUGUAGGCGAACCCAAUUGCAGCAGGAGUUUGUUAAAAAGGUGAGCAUCCUAAUGGUAUUGCCCAGGAACAAACUGCUCAAGGGAUAGAUAUCCUGUAAAGUCCCUGCAGUGCUGGCCUAACAUGUUUGCUUUGUGUUGUGCUAGUGAAAUGAGCAGUGUGUUGCCUCCUAAGCAUUUGCUUUCCAUUGGAAAUGGCUCAAAUUGUAAGAUAAUACUAUGUAUUUAUGAUACUGUACAUGUUCCAGUAGUUGCAGGGCUGACACUGACCCUUUCCCCCAGUACAGAAGUGGGGAGAAGACAAUUUUCCACUUAUAGACAGCUGGCCAAUUUUCAGUCAACUUCCUGCUGCUCAUGGUUGUUAGGGUUCUUGGGUCUGAUCCAGCAAAGUACUUACAAUCUUAAGGAUGAGUGCAUAGUUCAGAUCACUUAAUAGAUUUGUCACACCUUAACUGAUGAGUGAUCCUGAGUAUGUACUCAAAAACACUUAAGUGGAACACAGCUGAAUGGAUAGGUCUCAGCCAUAGGUGUCCUUAUGUAUUUUUUAGAACUCAUCUGUUACUUUUGCAACUAUUCUGUAACUGUUUUGUUACCUUUUGUACAUUAUCUUGGGACAUGCAUGGAAAGAGAUUAAUAAUAACAAUACUAGCAAGACAAAGUUUCUAGUAGAGAAAGAAAAGUGUACCAUGCAAGGACUGAAUCCUGCUCACUUCAGCUCUAGUCAUUGUGGCUAAGUUGAGUUUCCAAAUUUGGCUGCUGCAGUAUACCGUUUUCACACUGUGAUAAACAAGUUGCCACAGGUUGCACUAAAUAGCAUCAUGUACAUAAAUGAAUUUCUCAUUGUGACCUAUCUGAAAUGCUGCCUUUUAAAUGUGUUUCUCAUUCCUAUAGCAACCUUUGCAACUGAAAGAUGUAUUGUAUGCCUAGAAUUGCUACGCAGAUAAAACUGGCAUGACCUGCAUGGCAACUUAUCAGAGUGCCUGAGUUCCCAGUAUAUUUCUUUAAUUAGUUGUGCUUCAGAAUUGCCCUUGAAACAACAUUUUUUGCAAAAUUGUAAAUGGUCUUUGCAGCUAUGCAAGCAUAACUGAAAGAGACCUGAUGGACAGGUUUCAUAAUGUGUUGUGUCCUGGGGUGGUGACUGCAGAGCAAGGAUGGCCAAAGUGAACUUUCACUGGUUCAUCUUGUGUUAACAGUGUUCACUUUGGUAAUGAGAUCCUUUAGCAGCAGCUUGUUGUAGGUCUCAAUAAAUAGACACACGGGAAGAUAGGAAUUGAGCUGUUAGUCAUGCUAAGGUUAAUCUUGCCCAGCAUUCCGUUUCCAAAAGUUGCUGGCUAGAUGUCUUUGGGAGCUCAAAACAAGGGGUGGUGUUGGUGGUGGAUCUGCUGUCUUGGUCACCCCCCGCCAAUUCCAUUUAGCAUUCAUAGCUAUACUGCCUCUGUCUAUAGCGGUGUCACAGCUAUUGUUGCUAAUAACCGUUGAUAGAUCUGCCUUCCCAAGAAAUCCAGGACUAAAACAAUUAAAUCAUAUCUUCCAAAAUGCUACCAGGUCUGCUUUGAUUAUUGCCCAUACACUAUCUUUAACUCUUUAAAAAGAAAGAGUUCAAAAAACAUUCAGUCGCAAAAAGCUGGCUGCAUAUUUGUGGCUCCAAGUUCAUUGUGGUCAUGGUUUGAAAAACAAGGUUCUAAAAAGACUUGGUUUUGACAUUUACAAAAAUCUGGCAGGGAAUUCUCAAAUAUGUGAAUUGACUUUAUACUGUAGGCAACAGACAACCUUUAGCGUGUUGGUAGUUGCUCAAUCCUGUUGCUUAUUCCUAAAGAUUUGGGGAUGGCCAGUGAUUGAGGGGAAGGUUGGUUCUACAUAUUAUUUUUCUGACUAAAAUGUGCUUGUAGAUCUCAUGAUCAGGCAGCAGUGAAUGAUAAUGACAGUCACAUGAUUAUUAGCUGGCAGUUGUAUGUCACUUUUGUGGUGAGAAGGGAUAAGUGGUGUAGAUUAUUGGUAGAACAAGUUCUGCAGCUUACAAUUGUUAAAAGAUAAUUCUUUAUUUCAAGUACAGAUAAGUUGAAAAACUGUGUUGCUUAAUGUUCUCUACUUUCCUGAGUGGGCAUAACUGUAUAACUCUGCCCCUGGACUUUAGUUUCCCUUCGAUAAGAUGGAGCACUGAAGAUCUAUGGCGCCUUUGUGAUAUGCACAUUUACAAAUACAGUGGUACCUCGGUUUACGAACUUAAUCCGUUCUGGAAUUAAACCGAAACUGUUUUAAACCGAGACGCACUUUCCCUAAUGAGGCCUCUUGCCGCCAGUGCCCUUCCACCGUUUGGAUUCCGUUCUUAGACUGAGGUAAAGUUCGCAAACCGGGACACUACUUCAGGUUUUGCAGAGUUCGUAAACUGAAUUGUUCGUAAACAGGACUGUUCUUAAACCGAGGUACCACCGUAUACAGGCAGACUCCUAAACUGGCAACAAGGCUGCUAAUCUUGUUUCGGGAUUGCCAUUAUACUGAAGAGCAAGAAGUGAGCUGCACUACAGAGUUUAUAGUAGUUUCAUUUUGGAUUUACAGUAGUUUCAUUUUGGAUGGAGACUUAGGGAGUUUUUGUUAUUCAUGUUAGUUGACAAAUAUUAUCAUUUUGCUAUUCUUAGCUUGUUUUAAUCAACGAGUUAUUUUAUGAUGUAUUAAAUAUUUUCACCUUAUAAUGUAUUUGACGGGUAGGGAGUUAAGUUCUAAUAAUUUUCUGUGGUGUGUGUGUUAAUAUUUUUGUGUCCCCAGCUACAUUAUGGAAUGUCUUGCCUGCUCUGGAGGUUCAGCCAUCCCCCCCUUUUGUCCCCUUCCAUUGGUCGAUGAAUACCUUUGUAUACCUGCAGGUUUUUUUGCUGCAUUUCCUUAGAUGUGGUUCUGUGUUGUGGACUGUUAUCUUCCAUGUUUGUGUUUUCUAAUUGUGUUUUAUUAUGAUCAUGGUUUCACUUCAUGUAAACCGCUUUGAGAAAGGUGUUGGCCUCAAAGGCAUAGAAGUUUUAAGAGUAAUAAAAAUUCAGCAGACUGGAUGCCAAGUGUGCUUCAGUUUUAGCAAAGCUCAUGGCUCUUUCUGGGUGGUAUUCAACUAAGGUUUACCCCAAGUAGAUUCACUGGAAUUAAUGAACACCACUAAGUUGGGUCAAUUGAUUUCAGUGAGUAAAACUAAGUUGAAUACCACCACAUGUCUAAAUUGGGACUUUACACAAAUAGUUUCCCUGCUUCUCAGACAGGAAUGUCAUUCCCCCCUCACGCCCAAGAAAGGUCAGAAGAAACUUCCAGUCAUCAACUGAUCAUAAUGGAUGGUUUCCCCUUCCUCUUUCCUUCUCUGCCCCCUCAACCAGUGACUAUUUCAAGCACAUGUUACAGUGGGCAUUUUGCUUUUCUUGUCUGAUGCAGUCCAGUUCUUUGUGUCUAGGUCAGAAGAUGAAAUUAAAUGAGAUAACCUUGCACAAGGGAUAUCUUCUAGCCACAAUAAAUCCUGCUUUUGUUGCAGGCUUAGGGACCAGCCAGGAUGUCUCCCUGCUACUUGUUCCUCUUUCAGUCAAAAAUGAGAAAGGAAAAGUUGCAACUUGUUCUUCUUGGGGAAGGAGGUAAUUGGUAGACUGUUCUUAUCACAGGCAUCAAACUUCAUUGGUCUGUCAUUUUUGCAGAAGACUGGAUAAACUUGGAAGUCUAGUGUGGUAUUUUGAGAAUCAGAAAGCAAGAGGAAGCACACAGCAGAAUGGAGAACAGUUUUAAACUUCCUUCUUAACAGUACUGUACUUAGCCAAGAAAACAGAUUUUUCUGGGUAACUAAAACCAUUAAGGUUCAAAGCACUAGCCCAGUAGUCUGUUUCUUCUACAUGUGAGCAGCCACAAUACGGGAUCAGGCACUUGGGCGUGGAAAGACUGAUGAGAACCACAUUCUACAAAGAUAGAGUUGCUGUGGUUUUUGUGAUUGCAAUGAUUCAAUGAAGUGAUGAAAGAUUUGCCCUGAGGGGCUCCAUUGAGCCAUGUUGGCUGGAUAGGAACAAGUAUUGCCCUGACUUAAAAAACUGUUGAUGAUGUUGUUAGUGUAUUAAUGCCAGCAGGGCCAGUGGUCAGGGAUGACGGGAAUUGUAGUCCAAAAACAACGGGAGAUCUUCAUUCACUUGUAAGCAUGCCCAACAGCGUCAGGGAACCUUUUGCAGCCCAAGGACCACAUUUUCUUCUGGGCAACCUUUCAAGGGCCACAUGCUAGUGGCGGGCAAAGCCAAAAGUAAAAGUGAGCAGAGCAAAAAAAAGUAAAUCUUAACUCUUGAGUGGUAAGCCAGUUUCUUUGUUCUUGCACACAUGCCCCUCCUCUAUCCAGAGAAACAAGAAGCAGUAGGAGGACACAUUCCAGCCAUGCCAAACACUUGAGGAGGGUGUGGCUUAGGAAUACAGAGGGUAUAUUUGAUCCGGGGAGACUUCCAGGGGCCAGUUAAUAAGGUCCUAAGGGGCACGUGGUUCCCCAUCCCUGAUGUACAGGGAUUUUUUGGAGGGGUGCAUGCUCUUGACUGCAGAUGUUUACUGAAAGCCAUGUAAGCCAGUUUUAAAUCUCAUAAGUGAUAUUUAUACAACUUUGAGAUUUAUGCAACUCUCAUAAAGUGACAGUUAAGGAAUACAGCUGCAGUGUCUAUGGUACUCUUCAAAAGGGAGCACACAUUCUCGUACAUGGUCUUAUCCGCCCCACUCCAUCAAAGCAAGGUGCAUAAGUUUAGGCUCCAAGUUCCCAGAGGUGUGCAGGCCCAGAGGAAAACUGGGAAAAAAUGGGAGUGGGGUGGGGGCAUGGCUUUUCCCCUUGGUCUUCACAUCUCUCCUAGCUCCUCCCCACUUCUGUUAACUGUCUGGGCCGGAGGGCCAGUUUCGCAACCUCUGUACACAGACUUUUGCUUCCCACUCGGUUUUCUCAAAGGACGGCCUCACCAAUUCUUACUUCCUUUUCCACUCGGUAAAGAGUGAACAGUGCUACUGAAACUGUCAAGUUUGUGGUUGGCUGGUAACUCUCAGGUUUUUGGGGAGGGGCUUGGGUCAGGGCAUCUAAUCUGCAUGCAGUCAGUUCCAGGUUCAGUUCCAGCAUUUCUAGGUAGGGCUUGGAGAAGUUUCUUCCUGAAAUCCUGGAGAACCACUGCUGGCCAAUGCCAACAGUGCUUCAUAUUUUUGCAUGCCACCCCAAUCUCUGAGUGGUGCAAGAUUCCAUCAUUUUCAGGCACUUACCUGGGGUUUGUGUUUCCUUUCGGAAAUGAGGCACAGUGGAGACUGUGUUGUCUUUAUGAUAUAUGGUUUAUUUACACAUAUACAUAGCCUGAGCCUACGAUGGAGGGGUCCGCAGCUUCAGCACCCCAAGAGGGUCUUGCUUCUCCCAUAGCCGCAACCCUGGUUUUGAACAGAAACCAAUCAUUGCUCUGCCUCUCUGGCUUUCCAGCUUGCUGCUUUACUUCUCUGCCACAAUUCCCUCCCUAACCUCUCUCCUCUAAGCCCCGGCUUUAUCUAUUGAGGGAGGGGGCCACCACCCACUUACCAUCUCGCACACCCAGCCCCUUGAUUAAACUGGAAUGUUGGGGAAUAAUGUAGCCUAAAAUGGCGGGAUAAAAACCUGAUUAAUAAGUAAAAUUAAAUUGGCUGCACUGUAGAAUAAAUCUUUGAAGAUUGCAGCUUACAUCCACUUGGGAUCAGUCUUCAAAACCAACCAUCUCAUCAUCUCUUUCACUUCUGCUGAAAAUUUAACACCCUGUCUUUAGCAUUUUGCACAUUACGUUUCCUACUGACAUCUACUGGGAGAUUUUUUUGGGGGGUGGGCAGAAACAGCAUUUGCCCAGUAACACUUCAGCUGCACUUAGAAAAUCGUAUCCUGUAACAUGACAAGCUGAUAUUUCUUUAAGUGCUUUGAUUAUCUUUUUCCUUUUUUAAAGGUUCAGAGCAUGGAGAAUGAUGAACUUCCGUCAGAGGAUGGGAUGGAUUGGUGUGGGAUUAUACUUAAUAGCAAGUGCGGCAGCAUUUUACUAUGUCUUUGAAAUCAAUGAGACUUACAACAGACUAGCACUGGAGCACAUCCAGCAACCUCCUGAAAAACUGAGAGAAGAAACGACCUGGAUGCACUCCUUAAAAACACGGCUGCUGUCCGUACCCUUUUGGCUGUGGACUAUUAUCUUCUUGAUCCCUUAUUUACAAAUGUUCCUGUUCCUUUAUUCCUGUACAAGAGCUGAUCCCAAAACGGUGGGCUACUGUAUUAUUCCAAUUUGCCUGGCUGUCGUUUGCAAUCGUCACCAAACAUUUGCGAAGGCCUCCAACCAAAUUAGCAGAUUGCAGCUGAUUGACACUUAAACCCAUCUGCGUUUCCCGAUGAACGCUUUUAGAUAACCGGAAGGAUCUUGGCUGCAUCAGUUGAACAUACAAAUGGAAUGUGAAAUUCUUUUUCUCCACGUUAACUACUGAAUAGAGCAUCAACCUAUUUUUUGAAUAAGUUGACUUUGAGUAUGGGUGCAUUCUAUUUGGUGGAAUAACUGAGCUUUCUUUGAGACUGGAGGAUGUCAUUCUUCAUAUUUGCCUUAUAAUGCAGAAUUUCUACACUCCUGAAGUUUUUGUGGAGAAAACCUAUUUGAAACCUUAUUUCACUGUGCACCCCCCCCUUUUUAUCUUCAAGCUUCCCUCAGGAGGAGGAUCAGUGAAAACAGACUUUUCCUUUGUUAUAAUGUGUAAAGUUUGGAAUGAUCAUAAACUCGCAUUUAAGAUAUUGUGCUUUUUCCUUAAAUAAUGUUGCACUCAAUAAAACAGGGCUUCGUUCACACACAUGACUAAAAGAAAAUGAGCCCUUUGUUCAUUUAUUGUUUUUUUGACUUCCAGUUCAGUGUAAGUUGUUAGGCC